AUGGAAACCAUAGAUAUCCAAAGUAGAUCCUUUGUAGUCCGCUGGGUGAAAUGUGUAAAUGGCGAUACUAUCAACUAUCAGGUAAAACCACUAAAAAAAUCCAUUGAAUUAGGUAUUUAUAAGAAACUAAAAACAUCUAUUGAUGACCAACACACUAGCCCUUCUGUUCACAUCGCACCUGACACAAAAGCUGUUUUGGACUACACAAAUAGAGUUUUACAAAGUAGAACCAACUCUUUCAGUGGUUCUAAUGAUGAUCCUUCAUUAUCUAUUAGUUCUAUCCAACAACAGUCUCAAGAGGGGUCGCUCCGUGAAAGAUUGGAUCUAUCUGGUUUUACUUUAGUCAAAUGGGUCGGUCAUAUCGAUGGAAAUAAAAUGUUUGAAGGGUCAAUAAACGUUAUGGAUAAUGAUCAUUAUUAUGCUUUUAUUUUAGAUAAUACAUCUUCUAAGAAUAUAAGAAAAAAAGUGUUGUUUAAUGCUAGUACCAUCAAUGAUGACGCAAUAUCCAUGGUGAGUACCAGAUCUGCACCAUCUCCUACUAUGGGUUCUUUUCAAUUACCACCAACACCUCAAAAGGAUAGUCCUCUUGUUAUUGGAAAAGGCAGAUAUUUACAGGGUUAUUUACUAAAAAAGAGGAGGAAAAAAUUGCAAGGUUUUAAAAAAAGGUUUUUCACUCUUGAUUUUAGAUAUGGUACUUUAUCUUAUUAUAUGAAUGAAUACAACCAAACAAGACGCGGUGAAAUUGUUAUUAGUCUUUCCACAGUGAGUGCUAACAAAAGGGAUAGAUUGAUUAUGAUAGAUUCUGGGAUGGAAAUUUGGGCUUUAAAGGCAAGAGAUACCACAAGUUGGCAAAUUUGGGUGGAUGCCUUACAGUCAUGUUUUGAACAUCAAGAGAAUGGGUAUGCUUCUGAGUCGAACAUAUCAAGUGAUGAUAAUGAAGAUAUGCAUUCAAACGAAUCUAUCUCUUCACAGGAAACAAUAAAUAAUCAAACUUAUGUUCCAUUACCGGAUGAAGCAUAUGAAAGUUUUGAAAUAAAUCUCAAGAUUAUUCAACAAAGAUUAGAACAAUGUAAAAAUGAAUCAAAAUUAUACACCUUAAAACACAAAAAUACUUUACUUUAUUCUAGAAACCGUUCCUCAUCAUCUUCAUCUGUUCUGGGGAAGAUAAGAUUAAAAAAGUCAUUAACAUUAUCUCCGAAUGCUUCUACAGACUCUUUGACUCCUAUUGAUUCGGAAUCUAACGAAAUAUCACCCCUUCAGGAACAUGAUUUAUACCAGAAAUUAGCAGAUUUAGAAGAACUUUUUUCUCAGUUUGUUAAACAAAGUCGAAGAUUAACUGUAGAUCAUUUAUAUAUCACGAGAAAGAUACGACAACAAACAACAGCCUCUAUCUAUUCUACUUUUAGUGACAAUGACGAAUAUUUUGAUGCUGUAGAUGUUAUUAAUCCUGGAGUUAUUCUGUUAGAUGAUGAAGAUACAACUAAUGACAAUGAGAUGAAUAAUAACGAUAAUGUUGAUGAACUUAAUAAUACACUAGAUAAUUAUAAACUUGCCUUAAAAGGACCCUUACAAGAAACUAAUAAUAAACUAGAUUCUACAUUAAUAACUACACAAAUUAUUCAAGUAAGGGAAGAUGAAAUAUCGAUAUUAUCUCCAACUUCAAAAGAACCAAAAAAGAUUUUAGAAUUCAAAAAGCAAGCUGAACCUAGAGAUAAAUAUGAAGAAGACUUAAUAACAAAAGAAGAAGAAGAAGAAGAUCUUUAUCCUUUGCCCAUAAAUGUACCAGUGCUGCAUCGUGAUGAUAUAAAGGCUGCAACCUCUAUGCCACCAAGUUUAUUUUCCUUCUUAAAGAAAAAUGUGGGGAAAGACCUAAGUUCAGUGGCAAUGCCAGUCACCUCAAAUGAACCACUAACUAUCUUACAAACAAUUACUGAAUCAUUUGAAUACGCAUCUCUUCUUUCUAACCUUAAAAAUGAUCCUAUCCCAUUAAUACCUGUUACCGCCUUUGCAAUCUCUUACCUUUCGUCUUAUAGAGACAAAACAAGAACUAUAAGGAAACCUUUCAAUCCACUUUUGGGUGAAACAUUUGAAUUAGUUAAUGAACAAAAUGGCUUUAGAUUAAUUACGGAAAAGGUAUCACACAAACCUCAAAUAUUCGCAUUUCAUGCGGAUCAUAAGGAUUGGGAAUGUACUUAUACAGUGACACCUGUGCAAAAAUUCUGGGGUAAAUCUGUUGAAUUAAAUAAUGAAGGUACUAUUGAAUUAAAGUGUAAAGCCACGGGUGAAUAUUUCGAAUGGUCUCAACCAACCACCAUGUUGAAAAAUCUAAUUGCUGGAGAAAGAUUUUUAGAACCAGUUAAUGAAUUUGAAGUAAUAUCAUCUAAGUCUGGGAAAAUUACAGUUUCCUUUGAAAAAACUGGUAUGUUUGGUGGUAGAUCAGAAAAGGUUAUUGCAGUAUUAACACCCAGAGACAAAAGUCAAACUCCAUACAAAGUACUUGAAGGUAAAUGGACAGAACAAUUGAAAGAUUUAAAAACCAAUAAGGUCAUAUGGAAAACUGGUGAAUUAGUAAAAAAUGCCAAAAUAAAAUAUGGUUACACUAAAUUUGCUGCGAAUUUGAACGACAUUACUGUCAUUGAAAAGGGUAAAUUACCUCCUACCGAUUCAAGAUUAAGGCCUGAUGUAAGAGCAUAUGAAAAUGGUGAUGUAGAAGAAGCGGAAAGACUGAAGUUGAAGUUGGAGAAGGAUCAACGCGAAAGAAGACAAAAUGGGUUAGAUGUCAAACCACAUUUUUUUGUCAAAAAUUCUCAAAACAAUUGGGUAUAUAAGAAAGGCAAAGAUAGUUACUGGAGUAGAAGAAAACGUGGUGAUUGGUCAAAUCUGACUCCAUUAUGGUAA